GAAACACCUGAGUAAACCAGGUAAAGUUGGGUUCCCGUCAUGGCGGUGCUGAACGCUGAAUGUCUUCGCAUUUUUGCGUAGAAACGUGAAGUCCUCUGGUGUUAUUAUUUGUAGUCCUUUUUGUUUCACAUGGAACAAACACGUUCCGAGGCCGAGGAGACAGUUAGCAAGCCGGGCAGGAUGCCGCUGAACGCAGGAGACACCGGGUACGGCAGCGUGCCAGGCCCCGGGCUGGUGGGCACUGUCGGGGACACGGAGUCAGCCCCGCUGCUCAUCCCUGAAGAAGAACCGGAGCCGGUCCAGCUGUGGAAGCCCAUGUCCAAGGAGGAGCUGGAGGCGGCCGCUGGGGGCCCUGGGUGGAGGAAGGUGCGCUGUUACCUGGUUGUGUUGUUCUGGCUGGCCUGGGUGGCCAUGCUCGCCACCUCCAUAGCCAUCAUAGUGAUGAGCCCACGGCCGGUCCCGACGCAGUUGAGGUGGUGGCAAAAGUCGCUGUUUUAUAAGCUGCAGCCAGAUGUGUCGACGGAUAAGCAGGCCGAGGGGUCAGAGGGCAUCAAUGCGCUUUGUGAGCAGAUUCCCUACCUCAAGUCGCUGGGUAUAGGGGCUCUUAUUCUGGACGGACUGUUUGAUAAGGGGGCGUCUCCGCUAAACGUCACAGUGUCUGGUGUAAGAUUGGGGACCUUGCCUCAGAUCGAGCAUCUGAUCACCGAGAGCAACAAAGCAGGUCUCAAAGUGGUGUUAGACUUUUGUGAAGUGGAUCUCGUGGCUCCUCAGGAUGUAGAAGGGAAUGCAGACAGGCCUUCAAAUAUGUCAGCCACAGUACAUCAGGGACUCCGGUUCUGGUUACAGCAGGGCGUGGCAGGCUUCGCCAUCUGUGAUACAGAUGCAGCGUAUUCAGAGAAGACCCUGCUUGAGUGGAGGGCAGUCUUCACAGAAUUCAACACACAGGAGGAGGAAAGGAUUGUUGUGGUAAAACAGACCAGAGACUUUCUGCCUCCUCUAAACAACGCUACACUGGUGGAUGUGGUCAUGAGGUCAAUUCUGCCUCAUUCAAAUGGCCUCGUGUCUACAAAAGACGUUGCUGAUGCUAUAGAGAAAGACCUGCAAAGAAAAGAAGAAGACACAUGGCCCAGUUGGACAAUUGGAGGUAAAGCAUCUCCUGACUUGAAGAAAUUACUCUUGGUGCUGAUGAUGACACUGCCCGGGUCACCUGCGGUUCAGUAUGAUGAAGACCUUGACCAAAGACAGAAUGUGUCGGUGAGCGUCGUCUCUCCACCUGGAGAAAACAUGCCAUCAGAAAGCGAUACAGACAAAGAGAAGAAGAAGCGUUUAGCUGUAGCUCUCUUCAGCUCCCUCAGUCACUCCAGAGCCAGAGAAGAAGCCCUCCUGUACGGCAGCUUCACUUUCCUCCCCUUCAAUUCCACCACCAACGCCUCCUCCUCAAACUCUACUUCUCCUUCACCUCCUCCUAUCCUGGCCUUCCUGCGCUCAUGGGGUUGUGUCCACUUCCUUGUCCUGCUUAACGUCGGGUCUGAGCCUCAUGCCCUGGAUCCAGCCUGGGCCCCGAGGCUGCCCAAAGCCGGAGUGUUCAUGACCAGCACAGAAAUGGACCGUUUGGGGACGACCGCUCUGGAGUCGCUGGAACUGCAACCUCAUGAAGCCAUCGUCAUCAAGCUGUUUGAGUCUGGAAGCUACUCGUAGAGCCUCUCUGUGGUCAGCCGUGUGGAGGCCUGAGAGACUCUCAUAGAAUAACAAAUGUCUGACUUUUUCUUUUAUGGUCCUGAAAGCAUGUGCUCAGAGAUCACUGAAAUAAAACAAUGGUUUGUGUGGCAUCAUGUCAGUAAAAGAAGUGAACUCUUAAA